AUGGCAAUCUUGAAGAUCAACUUCAUGGGACUGGCAAUUCUUGCAAUGGCUGGAAUUCUGAUUUUCAACAGCAGUGUUGCUCUGAGCCAAUCAUGCCAAGGUGACCUGCAAGGUCUAAUAACAGAAUGUGCUAUGUACGUUCAAAAGAGAGGUCCGAUAAUGGAUCCAUCUCCAGGCUGCUGCAAUGUAAUAAAGUCAGUUGAUAUUCCAUGUGUGUGCAAGUACAUCUCCAAAGAGAUUGAGAGCGUGAUUGACAUGGAUAAGGUGGUUCAUGUCGCUGAUUUCUGUGGCAAGCCACUUAGCCAUGGCAUGAAAUGUGGAAGUUAG